AUGUCCGCACGCCUCUCACCGCAAGCGCGUCGCCUGCGCACCAUCAUCGUCUCGGUGCCCAUUAUCGGUGCAACAUCCUUCGUGCUGUAUAAACGCCUAGUCCUCGGCGAGCCUCGUCGCGAGCUCCCUCGUCCCACACCGUCACAGCCGGACGUGGACAUGCACCAGCGGCUCGUGCCCAUCAAGCCCCAGCCUCGCGAAGACGAGCCCGUCAGACGGGAGGAACUGUAA